CACUGCGGGGCGGCCUCGGGGCGGAGCUCGGAGCCGGGCCGCGGGGUCCCGAUGACUGCCGGGGCCGGGCCGCGCUGCAGCAGGACGGGACGGGACGGGACGGACCGAGCCGUGCAGGACCUCCCGCGGGGCACCGCAAGCUCUCCCUCCUACCGGCAUUUCUACACGGGGGUGCUGGAUCCCAGCCCAGGUGUGCCUGCCUUCACUGCCGUGAGCUACGUGAAUGACCAGAAAAUUCUUCACUAUGACAGCGAGACACGGAGAGAGGAGCCACGUGGGGACUGGGUGCAGGGGGCUGUCGACCCAGACUUCUGGGAAAGGGAAACCAGGAGCUUGCGGGGCUGGCAGCGGGGAUUUGAAGGGAACCAGGUCACCCUGCGGCAUCGCUACAACCAGACCGACUGGUCUCACACUCUCCAGUUCAUGUACGGCUGUGAGCUUGGUGAAGACAACAGCACUGAGGGCUACAUGCAGUUUGGCUAUGAUGGGGAAGACUUCAUCAGCUACGAUCUGAGAACACACACCUGGGUAGCAGUCCCAACAGAGGCCCGGGUCACUCAGAGCAGGUGGAAUGGGGAUAAGAACCUUCUUCUGAUUGUAAGAGCCUACCUGGAGUGGAAGUGCAUCGAGUGGCUACGGAAGUACCUGCAGCACGGGAAGGCAGCACUGCAGAGCAAGUCCCCCAUGUCACAGGUGAGUGACAGACCAUCAUCCUGGGCCAGACUCACCACCCUGUCCUGCCAGGUCCACGGCUUCUACCCCAAAAACAUCUCUGUCGUCUGGCUGAAGAACGGGGUGGCGCAGCCUCAGGAGACGAGUUGCUCAGAGGUCCUUCCCAGCGGAGACGGGACCUACCAGACCUGGGCCACCAUCGAGAUCGACCCAAACAGCAACCACAACUACACCUGCUGUGUGGAGCAUGUGAGCCUGGGUGCAGACCUGAGAGUGGCCUGGGACAAGAGCAGACAGAAGCCUGAGUCCAGCCUGAAUUUGGCCCUCAUUAUCACGAUCGUGCUGGUCAUUAUUGCUGCGAUGAGCACAGCUAUUUACUUCCUCAGGAAAUGGGGACCGGGGCACAGAGCAGAGACCUUGGAGCAAUCGCAGCUCCAGCACCCGCUUCAAAGCUCAGCGGAGCCUCGUGAGGCCCAUGACAACUCCUGUGAGACCAGUGGAAGAGGAGAGACAGAUCACUGAGGAACCCAUGCUGAUUCAGCCCUUCCAAAAGACUUGCUUUUAUUGCCUUGAUUUUGCAAAACAAAGCCCCUUGCUGUGGGACAGGACAUACUGAGCUGGGGAAGGGCAUGCAUUAAGGCAGAGGAGUAUUGGGGUGGCUCAGGCUGGGGGCAGUGGUAGGUGUUGUGGGGCUGCAGCUGUCUCCAGGCAGCACACCUGCCCCGCCAAGUCCCACCCUGGCACAGCCAGAUCUGAGCCUCCUGCUGGCUGUGUCUGUCAUAUUGAAUGAAAUAGUUUGAAUGUUUGUAAAGAUUGCCCAUUAGCCAGUUUCAGGAAGAAGAUAGGAUCUAUCUCCUUAUCUAGCUCAUUGUUUCGGAGCUACGUGCAAAAUGUCCUGAC